AUGUUUGACACCCUGUCCCAGUCCCUGAAUAAGGCAUGGGGCAUGGUGCAAAAGGAUGCUCGAUUAACCCCAGAAAACAUGAAGGCACCCCUGCGAGAGAUCCGACGAGCCCUCCUUGAGGCAGACGUCCCCCUCAUGGUGGUCCGGCCCUUCAUCGCAAGGGUGGAGGGCAGGGCGCUGGGCGCUGCUGUGACCAAGGGCGUGUCACCCCAGCAGCAGCUUGUCAAGAUUGUGUACGAUGAGCUGGUGAUACUGAUGGGCGGGAAACAGGUAUCCCUCAAUGUCCCAGAGGGCGGCGAGCCACAGGUCAUCCUGAUGGCGGGAUUGCAAGGCACUGGCAAGACGACCACUGCUGCCAAGCUGGCGGCCUUCCUCAAGAACAAGGGCGGGCGAGUCAUGCUGGUGGCCACUGACGUGUACCGUCCUGCAGCCAUUGAGCAGCUUGUGGUGCUUGGAGGCCAAGUGGGUGUGCCUGUGUUUGAGCGGGGGCUGAAUGUCCCACCUGCGGACAUCGCGAGGGAGGGAGUGGCCCUGGCCAAAGAGGAGGGCAUGGAUACUGUCAUCAUCGACACCGCAGGACGACUGCAAAUUGAUGCGACGCUCAUGCAGGAGCUGCAGGAGAUCUCCUCCGCUGUCAGGCCCACAGACACUCUCCUUGUCGUGGAUGCGAUGACUGGCCAGGAGGCGGCGGGGCUGGUGAAGACCUUCAACACCACCGUGCCCCUCACAGGCGCCAUAGUGACCAAGCUGGAUGGCGAUGCCAGGGGCGGCGCGGCGCUUGCUGUGAAGGAGGUGUCUGGCUGCCCGAUUAAGUUUGUGGGGAUGGGGGAGAAGACGGAUGCCCUGGAGCUCUUCUACCCAGAUCGCAUGGCCUCCAGGAUCCUAGCGAAGUUUGACCUCAACGACUUCCUAAAGCAGUACAAAAUGAUCUCUGGCAUGGGCAACCUCACGUCUGUGCUCAAGAUGCUGCCAGGCAUGAGCGGCGUCUCAGACAAGCAGCUGCAGGCAGUGGAGGCGCAGUACAAGGUGUACGAGUCCAUGAUCCAAUCCAUGACUCGACAGGAAAGGGCAAAUCCAGACCUCCUGGCCAAGAUGCCGUCGCGGAGGCGCCGCGUGGCUCGGGGGUCAGGGCGGGAGGAGGCCCAAGUGGCGGAGCUGAUUGCCGUGUACACAUCCAUGCGGGCCCAGAUGCAAACCAUGACGCGGAUGAUGGCGCUGAGCGGCGGGGCGUCAGGUCUGGGCGGCAUGCCUUCCAUGAGCGACGAGGAGAUGAUGGCGGCGGCGCUGGGCAGCGCCGGGCCGCGCCAGGUGCCCCCCGGGAAAGUGAGGAGGAAGAAGAGGAGGGACAUCGCGCCAAGGCAGGAAGCGGAGGCCGUGGCCAGCGUAUGA